AUGUCCAUUGCGGAACUUUCAGAACAGAAAAGCAACCGUAUAAUACGGCAGAAACGAGAUACCAUUUCCCAGGGAGAGCAGAUUUUACAGUCACCUGACACUCCUUCCUUUGCUUUUGGAACCACAGCCAUUGCAUGGCGAUCAGCACCUUUAUUGGAGGCAUCACCAACUUUAUGCUCGCUCCCAUGUCUAAAUGCAGGAAAGUGUGUAAACCUGGACCAAUGUGACUGCACUGAAUUUGAGGCAAAUGGAACACGAUGCCAAACAGUUCCCAAUAGAGGUAGCAGCCGUGAUUUGAUCUGCCGAACUUGGGGCCAGUACAACUAUGAAACAUUUGAUGGACUUUACUAUUAUUACCCUGGAAACUGCACAUACACAUUAGUGAGGGAUUGCACACACAGUCAGCAGAGCUUCUCAAUUCAGGUUCACAAUGAUCCAACAUGCCAAUCUUCUCCAUAUUCUUGUCAGCGAUCAGUCAGCUUGUUCUUUGCCUAUGAAGGGGAAAUUAUUCUACAAAGUCAUGAAGUUAUCCAUCAUGGACAAAGGGUGCAGCUGCCAUACAUUAUUGGAAACCUAAGAUUUGAACAAAUAGCUGGAUAUGUACUGGUUAGACAUCAUCAUGGAUUUUCUCUGGCAUGGGAUGGUAAUUCAGGAGCCUACAUAAAGAUGAACGUGGAUUAUGUCGGAAAAGUAUGUGGACUAUGUGGCAAUUUUAAUGGAAAUAUGCAUGAUGACUUAUACACUAGCUACGGUUUAUUAACUGAAGAAAUAGCUAUUUUUGGUAACAGCUGGAGAGAAGAAAUUCCAGAUAAGGAACAUUGUCGCAUAAUUCCCGUCAACUACCCAGCACCAUGUUUUGGUCAAAACCAAAGGAAAAUAAGGAACACUUGUAGCGUGCUUCUUGAGUAUCCAUUUGUCCUUUGUCAUUACCAUGUUCAACCUUAUCCAUACAUGGCGAGCUGUGUGAAUGAUCUCUGCAUGUAUGGACCAGAUAACACAACAUUGUGUGCAGUGCUGACCGAGUAUGCAAGAGCUUGUGCGCAAGUGAAUCAACCAUUACAUGAAUGGAGACAGUUGUUCAACCAGUGUGUGCCAGUUUGUGAAGAUGGGUUUGUCCACCGUGAAUGUGUAGAUUGUUGUCCCGUGUCAUGUGGCCUGGAGCAGGAAUGCAUUGACAGUGAUUUUCAGUGUCUUGAUGGAUGCUAUUGCCCUGAAGGUUUAGUUUAUGAAAAUGGAACAUGUUUGAACUCCACAGAGUGUCCUUGUACGUUUCAUGGGAUUCCCUAUACUUCAGGCUCUGUAAUUCAGAAACAAUGCAGCUACUGCGUAUGCAUAGGAGGCACUUGGAACUGUACAGAGAAUGACUGUCCAGCGGAGUGCUCAGUAACUGGAGAUAUUCACUUCAAGACAUUUGAUGAUCGGGCAUACACCUUCCAUGCUACGUGCCAGUAUAUUCUGGCAAAGAGUCGUAAUUCAGGAAAAUUUACCAUCAGUCUUCAAAAUUCUCAGUGUGGCACAAAUCUAAAUGGUGCCUGUAUUCAGUCAGUGAGUCUAGUUAUUGAUGAAGAUUUGAAGAAACAGAUGAUGUUGACUCAUUCAGGCGAGGUGUACCAUUGUAAUCAGUACAGGAUCAGUUUGCCUUAUAAAGAUGAUUUGUUUGAAGUCACUGAGCUCAGCUCCAUGUUUGUGCAAAUUAAGACCAACUUUGGAUUGCAUUUGCAAUAUGAUAGAGAAGGGAGACGGCUCUACAUCCAGGUGGAUACAAGCUGGAAAGAGGAUACCAUUGGUCUCUGUGGAACAUUCAAUGGCAAUAUUCAGGAUGAUUUCUUAUCCCCAGGGGGAAUGAUUGAAAGCACACCACAGUUGUUUGCCAAUUCCUGGAGAAUCUCCACAGCUUGCAACUCAGGUGCCAACAUUCCUGAGGUAGAUCCAUGUGACAUGCAUCAGCAAUCUGCCUCUUAUGCCACAGAGAAGUGUAGCAUUAUCAGUGACUAUUUGUUUGCAUCAUGCCAUCAGUAUUUGAGUCCCGACUUAUAUCAACAACAAUGCAAAACAGACACCUGCAAGUGUGGAGAAACUUGUAUGUGCUCUGCUGUGGCCCACUAUACUCGCCAAUGUAGAAAAUAUGGCAUCUUCAUAGACUUUCGGUCCAAUGUCUCAGAGUGUGCCAUUCAGUGUCCAGACACAAUGAAAUAUGGCACCUGUGUAUCUUUCUGUAACCGGAGAUGCCAGUCGAUAUCUAUGCCAGAAGAUUGUUCUGAUGAAUGUGCUGAAGGAUGCGACUGCCCUGAUGGUACAUAUUACAACACCAGAACAAGCAAGUGUGUGAGGGAGACUGACUGUCCUUGCUAUUUUAUGGGUGCAGAAUAUUCACCUGGAGAAGUGGCAAUUAGUUCCUCAGGAAUAUGGAUUUGCUCAGAAGGUAUCAUGCAGGUUCAGAGUCCAAAACAUGAUUCCCAAUGUGGUCCUGGCCAAAUAUACUUUAACUGCAGUGCUCCUUUGAUUGGCUUUGAGACCAGUGUAGGAGCAGGGUGUCGAGAUACCUGUGAAAAUCUGCUGUUAAACAUUUCAUGUCCAGAAUCCAUGCCGUGUCUGUCAGGAUGCAUUUGCCCACCUGGCCUUGUGAAACAUGACGAUGAAUGUUUCAAGCCUAAUGAAUGCCCCUGUCUGUGGAAGGGACAGGAAUAUUUUCCUGGUGACCAAGUAAAAUCAGCCUGUUACACCUGUGUUUGCCUGCAGGGAAGCUUCCAGUGCAAAUUCCAACCGUGUCCGUCAAUGUGUACAGCUUAUGGAGACCGCCAUUACAAAACUUUCGAUGGAGUUCUUUAUGAUUUUAUUAGUCCUUGCAAGGUUUACCUGGUUAAGAGUCUUGGAACCUCAAAUCUUUCUAUCAUGGCUGAAAAUAUUGAUUGCUAUGGGAGUGGCAUCAUUUGUCGAAAGGCUAUGUUUAUCACAACUGGAAAUACAUCAUUGGUUUUUGAUGAUGACAGCGGGAAUGCCAGUCCCUCUAGUGUCAACAACAUGCAGCAAAUAGUACACAUAUGGAAAGCUGGUACUUUUACUGUGAUUUAUUUCCCCGCGGAAGAAAUUACAAUACUGUGGGACCAAAGGACGACUAUACAUUUGCAGAUUGGACCUAAGUGGCAGGGUAAACUCUCUGGGCUAUGUGGAAAUUUUGACAUGAAAACUGCCAAUGAAUUGAGGACUCCAGAUCACAUGGAGUCACAAAAUCCACAAGAUUUUGGGAACAGUUGGACAGCUAUGGAGUGUGCGAGUAGCCCUGAUAUCCGUAAUCCAUGCAGUGUGAACCCACUUCGGGAGCCAUUUGCAAAGAAGGAAUGUGGCAUAUUAUUGUCUGGGGUGUUCGAGCCCUGCCACCUGGUGGUUGAUGUCACCUGGUUUUAUGCCAACUGCUUGACAGAUACUUGUGCGUGUAAUCUUGGUGGAGACUGUGAGUGCUUCUGCACCAGUGUGUUAGCAUACUCUCACAUGUGUUGUCAACAUGGAGUUGCAAUUGAUUGGAGAACCCCCACAAUUUGCCCCUACGAUUGUGAAUAUUACAAUAAAGCACUGGGAAAGGGCCCUUACUCAUUGGUCAGUUACUUGGAUGGCAACACAGUGGUGGCAGCCAAUUUGUCAAGUGGUGCUAUUUUUCUAGCUACAAGAGAAACUUCCAUUCCAGGAAUAGUGACUCUUUUUAUGCUGACUCCAGGACUAUAUUCACCUAAGGCACAUGAUGUAUCAUUAGUUUCCUUGGAAGUGGCUGACAAACCAAAUUACUUCCUUCAUACUGGAUUUGAUGGAGCCCUGCUGCUCAGUAAAUGGGAAGACAACAAAACUUUUCAAAAAGAAGCAACAUUUAUAUUCCACAAAGAUGCAUGGGUUUUAGGAUACAAUGCCUUUGAGUCUUACGCAAGACAAGGAUUUUUUGUACAUCAAAUGGGCUCCUUGCUGCACCUGAUGAAAUACAAUCAUUCAGAGGGUUACAGAUAUGCUACUCUCUUCCAGCUUGCCGAUGCAAAGAUAUUGUCUCCAGCUCAUUCUACUUGUGAGUGGCAAUAUGAGACAUGCACCAACCCAUGCACCAGAACCUGUAGAGAUCCCACAGGCAACAUUUGUCAAACUCUACCAAGUGUGGAAGGCUGUGUACCUCACUGUCCACUCAAUAUGGUGUUUGAUGAAGAUACACAGAGAUGUGUAUAUCCAGAGGAUUGCAUUAGACUGGCAGUUUAUAUUCAGCCUCCUAAAUCCACAAGUGCACUGGCAUUACCUGGAAUAUCCACUUCUGCAGCUUUUAAUGGUUCAGUCCAAACAUUGACAACACCUACCUUAAGCCAGUACACAGGUUCACUGGUGGCAACAAAGAGUUCAAAGACUACUGCUUCCAUUCCAACAAUAGAAAUCCCUAUAGGGACCCAUCUGUCCAAAGUUCCAAUAGGGACAACUACAAUUUCUUCUCCAAUUCCAUUACUAACAGAAACAACAACCUUUGUACAAAAGACAACAUCAGUAACAUCACCUGCCACCGAACAAACCUUAGUGUCUAAUUUCACUAAAAGUACAACAUCACCCACUUCUGCACUCCCAGUUUCUUCAACAAAAAUAAUAACCACCUCAACAAUAGCUUUGCCUGAAAGAUCAACAUUAGAAGAAACAACAACUGAAUUACCAGCAGAAUUACAUUCCUUGUCCACAUCAGUUGAACCAAAGCCUACCAAAAAUAUAACAACAACUUCAACGACUACUACAGGACUAUUAUCGUCAACAGCAUCUGAAACUAGAACAAAAUGGAUAACUACAAUUAAGACAAUUUCUGCUCAAACAGAACAACUACCAAGGAAGACUUCCUCUUCCACAACUGUAGCAUCUCCGUCAGUAGAAACAAAGCCAAUGACACAGAAAACAUCUCUACUUCCACCUUCAAAAGUGACCAUGGCAUAUUCUACUUCAAAAGAACCGCAAUCCACUAUGCUUCCUCUCUUCACCAAGUUAAUAACAAAAACCACGAGUUCUAGUUACCCACGCUUGACUUCCUUUUCUGCUGGAACAUUGUCCUUGACAACUAAAAAGAGCAAAUCAUCAACUGCAGGGGUCCUUAGAACGUCAGCAUCAACAGAAGCAAUGGUGCACCCAGCAUCUGAAAAAUCUACAGCAAUAUCUUCUCCAACAUUAGUUCCAAUAACAGAAAGAAAUGAAACAACUGCAAGAACUACCACAGAGCCUCUUUCAACAGAAAGGCCCACAACAUAUUCACUGAGCUCAAGAACGCCAUCAACAACAGUUCCAUCCAUGACCUCUUCACCUUUAACUACUUUAUUUACAACCUCCAAACAAACUACCCCAACAUCUACUGCUAAGUUUUCUUCAACAUCAUCUACCAUAUUGUACUCAGAAACACCUGCCAAAGCAUCAACAUCUGUAAUAUAUCCAAUUACAACUAAAACAAGUACAUCAUUUUCUGUUGAUUCAUAUCAAUCAUUAUCUACAAAAGGACCAGAAACUAGUUCAACUGUCAAAAUAUUCAAACCUGUAACAACUCCACAGAGCACAGUAAUGACCUCCAGUUCAACAACAGAAACACAUAUAACAAGUAAAUUAACUUCCCUACAACCAAUUACUACACACAAAUCUACUUUCAGUACUUCCCCAGUUGAUCAAAGCACAACUCCAGUUGAUACUUCAUCUGUUCUAUUAACUACAUCUCCAACUACAAUAGCUCCAACAUCUAUAAGAGUAUCUCCUAUUUCUAUUUCAACAUCUAAAACAACCACUGCAUCUACAAGAUCUCAACUUGGGACAACUACAAUGUUACCGACAUUGUUUGUAACAAAUACAACCUCAGAAACCCUCCAAGCAAAAACUGUUUCCGAGCUCACAUCCAAAAUGACAACCAUUUCACAUGUAAAAAAUGUAACUACAUCUGCUACACAACCUUCAGCAACUUCAACUACAGCUACCUCUAUACGCAGUCUCACUGAAAAAAUAACAUCUGGAACAGUGGAAGUAGGUGUAACCAGACCCACCGUUCUUUCGUCUAAAGCACCAUUAACAACAAAAACAUCAACGGCUACAGCAAAUGAAACAUCCAUUACAGGAUUAGUUGUUACAACAUCAGAAGGAGUUAGUAAGACAUCAGAAGUUUUUACUCCAACAGCAACUUCUAUUGGGACCACAAAUAUCACAGGAAAGACAGUAUCGCCUCAGCAGCUUACAGGUAGCACAACACCCAUAUCUGCCCAUUUGAAUAGAACUGUUACCACUGAAAAGAAAGAAACCUCAGUCAAAGCCGUUCCUUCAACAACCCAACGUACAAUUACUACUACCUCAGAAUCAAUUUUGUAUACAUUACAUACUAAUGCCACUUUGUCUCCAAUUAUUGUUCCUCAUACAUCAGUGUCUACAGUAGGUUCAACAAUGUUCUCAACAAGUGCUUACACAACAGCUUUGACCAUCCCACCAACUAGUCAAUGUGUGAUUCCAUUUCCUCAGGAUCUAGAUGAGUGCAUCAAAAAUAUAUGUGUGGAAGGGCAAAUAGUGCAAAUCAAUAGAUCACAUGACUGCCCUUACCUUGUGACUCCACCCAGCUGUGAGCUCCUUGGAUUUGCUGUGCAGGUGAACGGUGACAAAUGCUGUCCACAGUGGGAAUGUCCAUGUCGAUGUUCCAUUCUCGCUAAUCUACACAUAAUUACAUUCGACGGAAGUGGCUUUGGCCUUUCUGGAGCUGCUUCAUACAUUAUUGCUUCACUGGCAAAUGAAACCAUUGUUGUAGGGAUCAGCAAAUGUCUCAGCAGCCAGAUGACUACAAUGAUUCAGUCGUAUGUGAACUCCAGCUUUCUAUGUCUGACAAAGCUUAACAUAACUCAUGGAUCAAACCACAUCAUUAUUGACAGGCAGUUGAGAAAGCUGAGCAUUAAUUCAAGGUUUGGCUACACUCCAUUCCGAAGGUUUGACUUUGAAAUCAUUGAUACUGGGAGUAUGUACACAAUCGUGACUCCAGCUGGUAUACGCAUACAAUGGUUUCACAAUACAGGGAUUAUGGUUAUUGACACAGGCACACCCAAUAAAAAUCUAGCUACUAUGGGGCUCUGCGGUUACUGUGAUGGAAACCCAAUAAAUGACCUAACCUUGAAAAAUGGCACAGUUCUUCAAAAAGAUGACGAUCCAUUGACCUUCAUUCAAGACUGGACAGUGGCCAGCACAGAGACAGGAAUGAUAAUGAGUCGACGUCAAGAGGUUAACUGUUCUACAAGCAACUGCUCUGAAUGUUUCAGAAUGCUCCAAAGUGAGACGUUUUCCCUCUGUCAUGCACAAGUUUCUCCAGAAAUGUUUUGUGAGCUCUGGAUCCGUGAUUCAUUGUUUGUGAAGAACCAUUGUUCUGCUCUGGCUGCGUAUGUGGCUCUCUGUAAUAAAUUUAACAUUUGCCUAGAGUGGAGGAAACCAGACUAUUGCUCCUUUACAUGUCCUGCUAACAUGAUAUACCAGGCUUGUGUACUCAUGUGUGAAGCGAAGACCUGCCAAAACAGAAUUUUCUUUCCAUCUGAGGAUGCAUCAUGCUCUAUCCUGAGUGAAGGAUGUGUUUGUCCAGAAGGAACCAUUCUCCAUCGUCUAGACUCUACCUUGUGUAUACCCGAGGAGAAGUGUGCUUGCACUGAUAGUUGGGGAUUACCGCAUGCUGCUGGCGAGAAGUGGGAUGCCUCACUGGAUGGAUGCUGCAUGUACCAGUGCCUGGAGAAUGGGACAAUUAUUACAGUUGAUCACAACUGUUCUUCUGUCCCUGAUCCCAUCUGUCACCGUUCUGGGGAAAUAGUGGUUAGUCUAGCUGGUGAUAAGAGCUGCUGCCCCAAAAAGAUAUGUGCUUGCAAUCAAACGGUCUGUGGGAGUUUUGCUCCUCAGUGUAACUAUGGAGAAAGGCUCAUCACCCUUUACAAACCAGACUUCUGCUGUCCUGAUUUCUAUUGUGAAUGUGAUCCAAGCAAGUGCGAGUCUGACAUUCCAACUUGUCUAGAGGACCAAACUUUAAUUGCUACCCGUGCCGAUGGAAGUUGUUGCUUAGCAUACAUCUGUAUGUGUGGUGCUUGUGCUGACAAAAUUCCCACCUGCCAGAAAGGAGAAAUCCUUAUCGUAAACAACAAUACCACUGAGAUGUGUUGUCCAGCCUACCAAUGUGUUUGCGAAACCAAUCGUUGUCCAAAGUUUCAAUGUCCUUCAGGAAUGAAAGUAUCUGAGGCUUGGAGUCCAGAUCAGUGUUGCCCAAUUCAUUCGUGUGAAUGUGCUUGUGAUUCAGUUCUGAAACCUCAGUGCAAGUUGGGAGAAGUGUUAGUUACAGAACAGCAACGUGGAAAUAUCACAGCCAAUCCAUGUCGAUGUCUGGAUUACAAAUGUGUAAAUGACCAUGUCUGUGUCGCUGGGGAAAGGGGUAUAUUACACCCCGGACAGACUAUUGUGGAGCAUACAGCAGAUGGAGUGUGCUACGCUGCACAUUGUACCUAUAAUCUGGACAACAACACAGGCUUUUACCAACUCCUUGUUAGAAUGGUCAACUGCUCAGCUCGAUGUGAAAUGAACCAGGUUUAUAUUCCUCCUUCUGACCUGACAACUUGCUGUGGUCAAUGCAAGAAUGUAUCCUGUCUGGCCAACUUUGAGAACAGAACAACUACCAUGCUCAAGCCAGGAACAUCUUGGAUGUCCAACUGUGUCAAGCAUAACUGCAUGGACACAAUUUUGGGACCUGUCUUGAUCACCUCAAAUAUUAGCUGUCCUCCUUUCAAUGAAUCUGCAUGCUUAAAGACUGGAGGAUCAGUUAUAGUUUACAUGGAUGGUUGCUGUAAAAGCUGUAAAGAAGAUGUGAAAUCAUGUCAGAAGGUGGUUGUGCGAAUGACCAUACGAAAGAAUGACUGCAGAAGUAAUAGACCUGUGAACAUAGUCUCAUGUGAUGGAAAAUGCCCCUCCGCCAGUAUUUACAAUUAUAGCAUGAACACACAUACUAGAUUUUGUAAAUGCUGUCGGGAAAUUGGCCUACAAAAACGCAGAGUGCAGCUUUACUGUAACAGCAACUCUACUUGGGUCAGUUACUCCAUCCAAGAACCAACAGACUGUUCGUGCCAGUGGUCCUAGAGACUAAAUGAAACUGCAUAACUAUAAUUCCAACAAAUAUGUGCGAUGAUCUGUAGAUUGAUACUUUGUGCAAACUAUGUGUACUCCAGUAAACCCAGCCUGUACUUGAGCAUCUUGAUCUUUAUUUUGUUUUAAUUUUUCAUUUUCUAUGGAUUCUUUAUUUCAGUCUUCACCAGUCUUCUCAACUGCCUGGAAUAGUUCAGUAAUUACACACACAUAACAAAUCUACGUCUUUUAUUCACAUAAACUUGCCAAAGAAAUCGAACUACUUGGAGCCUAAAUUGUACAGGUUACCAUUCCUCCAGUUGUUGCUGACUUUACAAGCUUGUUUCUCUCCAAGUAAACUAAAAAGAGUUUGCCUGCCUUGAGGAGUUUAAUAUUGGCAGUGAAUGUCAAAAUGGAAAGUGGUCCAUUCCCUGGCACUUAAACAAGCACAAAUUUCACACAAGUAUAUUUUAGAUUAAAAAAAACUUUUACAUAUUAUAACGACAACAUUUUCUAAACUAAAGAUGGAAACAUGAGCAUCUAUAUCAGAAGAAUCCUGUUUUGUACAGAACUGUUGCCUAGACAUACCAAUACAUUUUAUGCGAAAGUGAGGACUGCA